AAACAUUUCUACCUGUUUAAAACCUCAAAAUGUGUUUGGCAAUGUAUAUAGUUGAAAUGCAUGUUAAGCUAAGGUAUAAAGUCUAGAAAAAAUCUUUUAGUGGUUCACUAUUUUUGUUUUGUUAUUACUCGACAUACCUAAUGAACCUCUCUUCUUGAGCACUGCAGAGGAAUCUAAGUUGAAUUAGUAUUUUAACUGGACUUUAAGAUGUUGUGAUAAAUACCUUCCUAUUUCCAUUCUGUAUAAAUACAUAUUAUACAUAUUCCAUUAAUGCUGCACAGUGGAUCUCGAUAAAUUUAAUAAUCUGUAAUUCCUUAACGCUGCUUGGAUCUUGAGUUAUUAAUUAAAUUCUGUGCACUAACAUGACGCUGCAAGGAUUGUAUAAACGAGGGGAAAUCUUCACAAGUCCCAAGUUAUCCUCCUGUUACUUUAGUCACUAUAAAUCAACUACAAGCUUCUUGUCCCAUUAUUCUAUCUAAAUUUUAACUGCCACUAUGACAUUCCUUCCCUGUUGUGCCAUGAAGGAAUAUCUUCAUGUUUGUUACUUCUUUUCAGUGACAAUGGACGAUGUUGAAGCGCAACAGGAUUUUGAUGAUUUUUUCGAGGAGGUAUUUUGUGAAAUAGAGGACAAGUAUGGUGAAAUAGAAGAGAUGAAUGUAUGCGAUAAUCUGGGUGAUCAUCUUGUUGGCAAUGUAUAUGUUAAGUUUCGUUAUGAAGAAGAUGCUGAAAAGGCUGUUAAGGACUUAAAUAAUCGUUGGUUUAAUGGCCGCCCAAUUCAUGCAGAAUUAUCACCAGUCACUGACUUUAGGGAAGCUUGUUGCCGUCAAUAUGAAAUGGGAGAGUGCACUCGUGGAGGAUUUUGCAAUUUCAUGCAUUUGAAACCUAUUUCUCGUGAACUUCGUAGAGAAUUAUAUGGUAGAACUCGGCGCCGGCGAAAGUCAAGAUCCCGUUCACCUCCAACACGCCGCAGCAGGAGUCGCAGCCGGAGCCAAGAGCAACCACGUCGUGGCAAUAGAAGUCGUAGCCGAGAAAGGAGACGAUCCCGUUCAAGAAGCCGAGAAAGGAAUCAAAGGCGAUCUCGUUCUAGAGAGAGAGAAGGCCGAAGUGGACGUUUUUAACUUUAUCAUGCACCAUAGCCAUGCAACUGUAAAAUGUUUUUCUAUUUUCAUCAUUUUCAUUCAGAAGUCAAUAAAAUACACUCACAGAAAUUAA